UUCACCUACUCCCACUUUUUCUCUCUGAUAUAUAUCAAUAUCAACCUUCCUCCAACCCUUCCUAGAAACACAAACUCCACAAUCAUUCAUAACCAAAAACCUCAUCUUUUUUUUUUCUAUGGCGUUGCUUCUGAUAAUACCUUUUUCAGUCAUCACCCUCUUCUUAUGUUACGAGCUUUACCAGAGGCUAAGGUUCAAGCUCCCUCCGGGUCCACGGCCAUGGCCGGUCGUCGGAAACCUUUACGACAUAAAACCGGUGAGGUUCCGGUGCUUUGCAGAGUGGGCACAGUCUUAUGGACCCAUCAUAUCGGUUUGGUUCGGUUCGACCUUAAACGUUGUCGUUUCGAACUCGGAGUUGGCAAGAGAGGUUCUGAAGGAGAAUGAUCAGCAACUCGCUGACCGGCACCGGAGCCGAUCGGCGGCGAAGUUCAGCAGAGAUGGGAAGGAUCUUAUAUGGGCUGAUUAUGGACCACACUAUGUUAAGGUGAGGAAGGUUUGCACCCUUGAACUCUUCACACCCAAGAGGCUUGAAGCGUUGAGACCUAUUAGAGAAGAUGAGGUCACAGCCAUGGUUGAGUUCAUUUUCAAGGACUGCACCAAUCCUGAAAAUAUGGGGAAAAGUCUACUGGUGAAGAAGUACUUGGGGGCUGUGGCAUUCAACAACAUCACCAGGCUAGCAUUUGGAAAAAGAUUUGUGAAUUCAGAAGGUGUGAUGGAUGAGCAAGGUGUAGAAUUCAAGGCUAUUGUGUCAAAUGGGUUAAAGCUAGGAGCAUCUCUGGCUAUGGCAGAGCACAUCCCUUGGCUGCGUUGGAUGUUCCCACUAGAAGAGGAAGCUUUUGCCAAGCAUGGAGCUCGAAGGGAUAGACUCACCAGAGCCAUCAUGGAAGAGCAUACUCAAGCACGCAAGGAAUCUGGUGGCGUCAAGCAACAUUUUGUUGAUGCCCUCCUCACAUUGCAAGACAAAUAUGAUCUUAGUGAAGACACCAUCAUUGGUCUUCUUUGGGACAUGAUCACAGCUGGGAUGGACACAACUGCAAUCUCAGUAGAGUGGGCCAUGGCUGAGUUGAUAAAAAACCCAAGGGUUCAACAUAAGGCCCAAGAGGAGCUAGACCGGGUCAUUGGGCUUGAAAGGGUCAUGACUGAAACCGACAUCUCAAACUUACCUUAUCUACAAUGUGUAGCCAAGGAGGCUAUGAGGCUGCACCCACCAACACCACUAAUGCUCCCACAUCGUGCCAACUCAAAUGUCAAGGUUGGUGGGUAUGAUAUUCCUAAAGGGUCCAAUGUACAUGUAAAUGUAUGGGCAGUAGCACGUGACCCGGCUGUGUGGAAGAAUCCAUUGGAGUUUCGACCCGAGAGAUUUCUUGAAGAGGAUGUAGAUAUGAAGGGCCAUGAUUUUAGGCUAUUGCCGUUCGGAGCAGGUCGUCGGGUAUGCCCAGGUGCACAACUUGGAAUCAAUUUGGUGACAUCCAUGUUGGGUCAUCUAUUACACCAUUUCUGUUGGGUCCCACCUGAAGGAAUAAAGCCUGAGGAGAUUGACAUGGCAGAGAAUCCUGGAUUAGUGACAUACAUGAGGACCCCACUACAGGCUGUGGCUUCUCCGAGGUUGCCCUCACACUUGUACAAACGUGUGCCCGCUGAAGUCUAAUGCUUCUCAUGCUGCAAUAGUGUUGUUUGUUACAUUCAAAAAUUUUCCUUUUCGCACUACUUCUAUCAUUGUGUCUUUGAAACCAUUGAAAUUAUUAUAUAAAUGAGAAUUGA